UAAAAAACCACCGGUGACGUGCGCGCAGGGAAGCACCCAGCAGUAUGUGCGCGCCCACGGGAGGGGCCGAUAGAAAAUGGCGAGUCUGUGCAAAAGGCAGCAAUGCACGGUAGAGAGGCGCGGCUUUCGGCAGGAACUUGACUCUUGGAGGCACAAACUCAUUCACUGUGUAGGCUUUGAAAGCAUCUUGGAAGGCUUGUUUGGGCCAGGACUAGUCAAAGAUAUCACCCUUUUCCAAGACUGCGAGCCUGAGGAAGUGUCAGACUGGUCCUUCGAUGAAAACUGUCUCUUCUGCUGCUUAAGACGUGAGAGAGUCAAGGAGCACAGUGUAGAGAAGGGUGGAGGCAGCCAGGUGCUGUCGGAGUGUGAAGACUUCAAACAGGAGCAGUCUCGGAUCAGCCGGCUGGAGAGACAGGCCCAAGACUUCCUCAAUGCUGUGUUCCACAGAAAAGACCUCCCAAGUUUCUCAGAACCUCACAUUCCUCUAGUGGCUCGUGAGAUCAUGCAGCGAAUGAUCCGCCAGUUCGCUGCCGAAUAUACCUCAAAAACUACUCAGGACGACUCGCCCCUGCCCAACGGCACCAUGAAGGACCAAAGCCUGCCGAGAGCGGCGUCUCUGGCCCCGGCCCCAUGCUCCCCGCCUGGGCCCCUGCCCGCGCCGAGCUCCCCUCAAUCGUCUGCCUCCUCCUCCCCAUCCCCGACCCCGGGGCCUGGCCUCAGCCCCACCUCUGCCGCUGCUGCUGCCUCAGCACCCGCCUGCACCCAGAGCAGCAACGGUAUGGGAGCCAGUAACGGUGGAGGAGGAGGUACGGCUGCUGCCUCUGCACAGAAUCCCGUCCUCAGCAAGCUUCUCAUGGCCGACCAGGACGGCCCGCUGGACCUCUCUGUCAAAAAGAACGAGGUCGACCCAGAGCCCAGCCAGCAGGAUGGCGUCCUGGACCUCUCCACCAAGAAGAACCACAGCGCAGGCAACCUCAAAACCUUCCCCGGCUUCUCCCCUGAGCGCGGGGUCAAAGGACAUUCUAUCAAAGUGGAACAUACCCUACCAGAGGUGGAUGAGGAUGGCCUGCUGCAGAGAAGCUUGCAGGACGGACUGAGGGAGAACUAUGUCAACUCCAACUCCUUCAAGCCCCCAUUGGCCCGCUCGCUGCGUAUCAAGGAAGAGCUGCUCAGCCAGAAGCACCGCCUCCUGAGUCAACCUGCUGCUCUUUCAUUGGCUAAUCUAGAGUCAGCCGGCUUGCUCAAUCAUGCGCAGUCCUACUCCUUACUUGGCCAGAAGGGCUCUUCCUCUUUCUGGGGAAGCAAGGCACACCUCGAAAGCCUGAUGAAGCUGAAGCAGGCCAGCGGAGCUCUGAGCGGGGCCCUUAGUGACCUCAAAGACCUGCCUACAUUCCUGGAGAAUCAUCACCACAACCACCACGGAGCCUUCCCCUUCAAAAGUUCCCUCCAUCACCACCACAAUCAGGUCUCCAAGGCCCAACACCACCACAAUGAGGGCAAGAGGGACCAGGGCCACUCACCUCCCGUCGACCUUAAGAUCCCACAAGUCCGGGGCAUGGAUCUCUCCUGGGACUCCCAUGCCUCUGAGCUGUAUGGCUAUGGUGCCAUGGGGGUUGGGGGUGGUGGCCAUGGGGAGAACACCCUGAGCCGGAAGCUGAGAGCCAUCCUGCCCAAGCAGAACCGCCGGGGAGGAAGCCUCGGAAGCCUGCUGGAUGGGGCGGCUGACUACUGGAGCUCUGACCUGGACCACUCCAGUUCCGGACCAGCGUACUCCACCUCCGACGUGGAAGGGGACCCGAACUCCAAGCAGCCGAGGAAGAAGAGGGGCCGUUAUCGCCAGUACAACAGCGAGAUCCUGGAGGAGGCCAUAGCAGUAGUGAUGAGCGGGAAGAUGAGCGUGUCCAAGGCUCAGAACAUGUACGGGAUCCCACACAGCACCCUGGAGUACAAGGUCAAGGAGCGCAUGGGAACCCUGAAGAACCCCCCAAAGAAGAAGCUCAAGCUGAUGAUGAAGAUGGAAGCAGGAGGUCAGGAUUUUCCUCUUGCAGAGUCAGAGAACACGCCCACCGCAACCCCACGAGACGACGGCCCGCCGCUGGCAGCUGCUGAGCUCAAGGACAAUGUAAAAGAAGAGAUUGAUGACAAUUUCAAACCAAUCGACUAAACGACUUACACAUGUAAACCUCAGUCAAAUGACUAAAGUAAUUUGAAAACGGAUGGGGCUUUAUUUGUGCCAAUUUACUUUGCAGUAUCUGGGUGAGCACAAACGCAGGGAUAACAUGAGGAGGAUUCUUAAAACAAACUGGAGAUAAACAACUAAUCGGACGGUUUUUAACAAACGUCGUUUUAACGAUGCUGUAUAAGCAUUUGUUUAGCUUUUAUACCCAGGGGCUUAACAAAUGCAGCUAAAGACAUUAGUUAAAUGACAAUUGAUGAAAUUUCCAUAAGCAUGCUGAUAAUCCCCAGCCCAAAAACCCAACCCCCCUCUUUUAUGAACUUGAUACACUGUACCAUUGCUGCUUAUAAAUGCAGCUUGGGCUUUGGACCAAUCCAAUUUGGGGGGAAAAUGAGGGGAAGGUUGAAAAUUAACUCCUUAAAAAACUGACAGAUUAGUCCCUUUACUGCUCCCCUCUCUCAUGGAAUACUAGCUGAAAAUUGGUAAGUGAACUGUCUAUUAUAUUUGAAGGCAACUGUAAGGUUUAAUCAUACCAUUGAUAUUCCUCACCAGGGUUCUGAAUCAAAACCCAUUCUCUUAUUGCCAGGUAGCCAUGACGCUUUAACUGCAAACCUUUUCUUUCCUCCUUAAGAUAUUCUGCUAAUCUCUGUGCGGACAAAAGCAACAUUAACCCGUCCUUUUUGAAUGAGAAAAGACACACAAAAGUCAUUCAGGGAUGCAUGUUUGUGAGUUUCGUGGACACUACUGACUUCUAUAAUCGACUUCUUUUCCUCUAUCUUUAUCUUUUCAUUUGAUUUGUUUUGCUUUCUUUUGCACUACACUUUGGGUCUGGCGCUUACAGACCAGGUUACCUCGGCAUUGUUGCCCUUGCAUCAUGCACUUAUUAUGGUCUGUCUCUGAAGCCCAGUCGCAACCUCGUAAUGGGUCAGAGGUGCACAUCGCCUGCGUACGCUGAUCCAUAAUCAGAUACCAGGAAGCUCUAAAACCCUCUUUUUUUUUUGCCAAGAGACAAGUUGAGGGGAAAUGUGAUUAUGGAUCAGCUGUUUUUAAGGCGGAAUGCUACCUCAUGGACCACCAACAGUGUCUCACUGCUGAUCCUAGAAAGCUGAAGCCACCUUCAGGUUGCCCUCCAAAUGGUGACCGAUGUGAGCUCAUCCCAUCCAUGGAGAUCUUACUGGAUGAAAGCCUUUUAGGAUCAGAAUGUGAAACUCUGCUGCUAUCCAGUUGAUUAUCUAGCUCCUAUACAAGGCUUUAGCUAGCCUAAGCUAAUGAGUUUUAGCUAGUCUGGGCUAACAACAACACAUUGCUGAUGUUUUUUUGUUUUUUUUUUCUUUUCUAAUCAAACUAAGCAGAAGCGGCUUAGGUGACGAGUUAUAAAAGAAAUUCUUCUCCCUCAAACCUCAGACAGUUUUAACGGCAGUUUACUACAACAAUGUGCAUUUAUAGAGGGGGUCUUCAUUUUGGGAUGGUGGGUGGGCAAUAUGCAGUGGGGAGGGGUAGUUGAUAGAAGCGAGGGAAAAGCAGAUUUAAUAUAUUAUAAAUUAUUAUGACUGAUGAUGUAAAAGCCAAUCCGUGAUUCUGGAUGAUUUCUUUUUUCCUCAUUUUUAACUCAGGGUAACUGAGACAGAUGAUGUGGGUUUCAAAUAUGGUCAUUUCCUGUUGGACCUAUAGUAGACAGACAGGAGGACAAGACACGCCUCUCACUAAUGCUUUGUCUGCCAGAGGGGCCAAGUAAGUAAAUAUGGCAGCGCCAUAGCAGAUAGACCUACUACUGAAUCAUGACAAAGAACAGCAAACAUGGACGCUGGGUUUAGGGAUCGAACUUAUGGCGCUAAACUUCUAAGAUAGCACUUUUCAAAAGUAAGCGAAAACACAAGAGAGAAAGAAAGCUGUUUGAGGUUAUGCACGUAGUGUAGCUCUUCUCUGGGGGAUAUGGAGCAGAGAGCGACCAGGAGGGCAGAGACAUGGAAGAAAAAAGCUUUAGUGUGUGAAGACUUUCAGAAAGCUGCAGCUUGGACCCAAACUACUCUUUUUUUUCCUCUCGAUUACCUCCACGAUUUAAAAACAAAAACAUAAAAAAAAAAGGAGAAAAAAAUGGUCGACAGCUUGAACAAGUUGAGUUUUGUGUAGUGUCGUCUCGUUGUUUUCCCUACCCUCGCCGCUGAAGCACCAGGGAUAGAAAAACUAUCAUCAUGUUUUACCAUGUGGGGAAAGAAUAUCCCUCAGAGGACACAGGUGGAUAGAAAAAAAAUAUGCUCUUUUGGUAUUUUCCAUCAGGAAAAGAUUGAAGGAGAUGACAAAAGCUUUUUGGUCGUCAUGUUUGUGUGCUCUGUGUUAAAUGUUGCUCUACGCUCCUAACACUGCCUGGUGCUCACCCAGUCUGUGAGAUUUUUAACAUGAGAAUUGUACCUCUCUGUUUAGACGAAAUGAUGAUGAUUCACUCCUUUUGAAAUGUAUUGUACAUUUUAUUUAUUUGAUUUUUUUCUUUGAUUAUUCUCUUAAAAAUGGCAUGCACCAGUUUUUUGGGGUUUUUUUGGCUGAUUUUGGGGUCGGGCCAAUUGAAUAUAUUGUGUUGAGAGGAUUUCACCAAAAUCUCAACCUCAUACUUAUUUAUGAAUGAAUCACAAUCUAAUAAGAAUUUGAAUCACUGACGACCUGUUGCAAACAAUCUUAAUUUCCCCCUCUGAUGUUAUUGGUUAUCCACCUUAGCUUUGUAGCUCCCUUGGCUUGAUUGGCAGGUAUGCAUGGCCAAUGGGAAAAGCUCCACAAAAGACCCCUGGAAAAAAUCUUUGGGGGUCAUCAUGCAUGAAAUGCGUCCAACACUGACAAUGCUGAGCAUUUAAAGUGUCUAAAAGGUUGUUGUGUGCGUUGAGUUGGACCCAGCGAAGGACAAUGCACUGAUCUGAUAGUUAAAACAGGAUCAAAGCUCCAGUGUUGGUGGAAAAGCACUUGUUAAGAACACGCCUCUGAUGAAAGGCAUGAUAGCUGCUCACUUAGCCAGCUGUGAAUACAGUUUGACAAAACUUGACAAACAUUGUGCCCCCUCCCUCUUAAAAAGUAGAACAAAAAGCUUGUUAGUCUGUUCAUGUAAUGCACGUAAAGCAUGGAUCUGUGCUAAUACAAAAGAAAAUAUACGUUUAAAAAUAGUGUAAUUGGCACUUAAUGCACAGGUUUGCAUGGAUAAACUCCAACAGCACUUAGACUGAAUUCCCCUGAGAGGGGCGAUUCCUAGAGGGCCAAACUAUACCUGUGUAUAACUCACAUUAAUCUCUAAAUCCUUUCCAAGAAAUUCUUGAACUCCUGCUGUACAUUUGGCUCUUAUUAUAAAUAUGGCAAUGCUUUCUAAAAAUUUGAAUAAUUUAAAGUCUUUGAGAAUGUCCCAUUUUCAGCCUGUUAUUAUCUACUGAGGUGCAUGCCAUUUAAGGCAUAUUUAUUUCAUUUUAUUUGAUUUUUCUUGUUUUGUUUUUUUCUUCUUUAUUGUCACGUGGUUAACGGCUCCCCCUGUCCGAAAAAGUCCUCCUUCUUGCAACUGAGUCUCACUGCUGUUCUUAAAAACCUCAUACUAUAUUAUAUACGUAAAGUAUAUAUCUAUUUAUAUACAUAUAUAUAUUAACAAAUACUCACAUAAUGAAUGUAGUGAACAGAAAUGAAUAUUUCAAACUUACAAAACCAGAACAGUCGUCUGCAAAAAAGAUUGCACUGUUCAUUUUUUAACUGACUGUUGUUUUUAUUCUUUUGCUUUUAGUUUCACUUUACGCUGCUUGCAUUGGAAACGCAGUCGUUUUCUGACGCGGGCGUGCGACAGUAGCCUUCAGUACUGUAAAUGUCUCAGGAUCGAGCCAAUGGGAUGGGCAGCAAUAUUUGUCAGUCGGAAAAUGGCGCAGACUUAACUACCUGUACUAAACGUAUAUACAAGGGCUGCAUGAUUAAUGGUUAAAGAAAAUCACGAUCUAGAUUUAGGCAUCUACACAAUCCCACCUCUGAGGGUAAAUGAUUCUGCCAUAUCAGCUUUGGAGAGCACACACAAAUGCAUUUCAAGGCUGACAGAUCUCUUCCUGCACCUCCCACUUUGCUUUCAGACAACCAAUCAUAUUAGCCACAAAGCUAUCCGUGUGGUCAGACUGGGUUACUGCAGAGAGUGUCCAAUUUUCCCGGUUUUGGUCACGGUUGUGUGGGAGGCGGCACAAGCCUCGCCUGCAGCUUUUCUAACAUGCACUAAAUUUACUGUAAAUGUAUGUUAGCGCUACCAGAAACAUUCAGAGUUUUUCAUGCUAUUAUACGGCUUAGGCGCAGCACCUUAGCGUUUUUGUGCCAUGCCUCAGCCGUGUGAACAUGAAAACCAUGUGGAGAGCGUCCGUACGAGUUGACGCACAGGAUAGGACUGCCAGCUAUCGAGCUAGCUAGACUUUUGUCGACUAGUCACCCAAACGUCUUAAAUCAAUCACUGUAUGUACUGGUAAAAUGGUGUAAAUCUAACUGAAGGGGAAGUACUUAGCACAUUAGCUCUACAAGUAGAAAGCAGUAACGUCACAUAAUAUCACUGACAAGAUCAUUUACAAGUCAUUCCGUUAGAGCGUCAUUUGGAGUUGGCUGUUAAUAAUACACAAGGAUAAGCACUGAUAAAACUACGUUCAUCACACUAACUGAGUGCCAAAUGGCUUGGUAGUUCACUAACACAUACAAAAAGAUUGUUGCUUAAGUACUAUGCCUGUGUUAUAAAUGUUUAUUUUCUAUACACUGUGAAUCUGUAACAUGUAAGUGUUUCUGUCGUAAGCAUCUCUGUGAUCGUCAUCAGUUUAUUGGCCUCAAGCAGUGGAAAAUAUAUCAGUAACACGACAAAAGUAGUUAAAACAUAUUAUUGCAUUUGUUUGUGAACACACCUGAUGCAGUUUACCUGCCCUUCCUGUUGGAUCGGGGCGAGAGCAUCAGCUGGUUCAGGUAUGCUAAAGCACAGGUAACUGGAAAACAUGCAGGUAGGGGUGUCUGGAUGUAGGAAACCAGGGUCCAGGCUAUUAGUACUAUUAGCAUUAGCAAGCUCUUUUUUGUCAAACAAUUAGUGAACUAUUCAUCGUGACUUUUUAAAUUUGUGUAUACAUGUAGUUUUACAGGGCAGACAUUGCCAGGAAAAUUAAAUGUUCAGACGAAGGCUGUGAUAUGUGUAAAUACUAAAAUAAUUAACUAUAGCAAGUUUUGUCUUCAAGCUUUUUGGGCGUCACACGCAGUAAUAAUGGGGGACGGCCCCCAAACCCGUUAAUAAAUUUGUAAUGUUGUUUAAUAUGAGUCCAUAUGCUUGCUUUGUUUCUUUGUAGGACAAGUUUUACAGACACGAAAUGCAAUAGUGCAAAAAGCAAUAAUUUGUUUCGGUUACAAAAGAUUUCAGUCCUUUCAAAAAAAAAAAAAUCGUGGUUCUCAUUUUAUCAAGAAUCAUGCAGCCCUUGUAUACACUUAUAUAAUCUAUAUGUCGACUUGGUCAGCAGAGACCAAGUGCUAUACCUCAAUCUCAGAAUAAUGACUCCUUUCUGUGCCUCGUACUUUUAUGUAUACCUUACCUGGGAGCCUGGCGAAGGGUUAGCCGAUACUCUGGGAAAUAUAGUAUCCUCUGCUCUUUCUUUUCUUUUAUUAUCUGUUAGUUUUUCUUUUCAUUGUUUCGCCUCCCUCUUGCAAAGGGAGGAGGGAGGCGCUUCAAGUGUCUGACUGACCAAUAUUUGCCACCCUACCUCUUUUCAGGUAUUUUUUUCGCAACAACAAAACCUUGUAGAAGUAGAUAAUGGGCAACAGAUUGAGGAAAAAGACCCACAGGGACUAUUGAACUAUUCCUUUUCUUAGCACUGGAUGGGGUUGAUAUGGGAAGGCUACAAACCUCUCAUUUCUUCCUCUAAAAGGCAAAACAUUUUUUGGAUUCAGUCGUCUGGUUUCACCCUGGAGGCGAUAAGUCAGGUUGGUCCCACCCUGGCCUGAGAAAGAACAAGGUGUUUUUGUUCACUGAGGGGUUUCUUUUUGGUUUAUUGUGUGUUUUUAGGUGUAAUAUAACUCCAGGUUGAAACUUGACUAGUGGUAUUUCUUUUUAAAAAAAUUUAUGCCUUUUUUUUUUUUUUUUUUUAAUU